GCAUUUGAAAUGACGCGACCAAAACUUCAAUCGAAAUGUCGCGGUUUUGUGGGCGAAAAUCUCUUAACCAUCCUUACACUGAUUGGUGUUUUUGCCGGUGGUCUGGUGGGUUUUAUUAUAAAAAAUUCAACUGGCGAAUGGUCGAAAAGAGAGAUUAUGUAUAUAUCGUUUCCUGGUGAAAUAUUUUUAAGAAUGUUAAAAUGUUUAAUUGUGCCAUUGUUGGUGUCCUCAAUUACCAGUGCCAUUGGUGGUUUGGAUUUAAGCAUGUCCAGCAAAAUUGCCACAAGAGCCAUUUGUUAUUACUUUGUAACAACCAUAUCUGCUGUGAUAUUGGGUAUUUGUUUGGUGACCACAAUUAGGCCCGGUGAUGGUGCCCAAAUUGUUACCAGUGAAAGAUCAGAGAAGACCGGCGAAGAAGCCUCCAAGGUUAUGACACCCGAUACUCUUAUGGAUUUAGUAAGAAAUAUGUUCACCGAUAACAUUGUGGGAGCAACCUUACAACAGUACCAAACCAAACUUGAAGAAAAUAAAACAGCAACUGAACCAUUACCCCUUAAUAUGUGGCCCUUCAAGGAAAGCAAACGUGACGGUUCUAAUGUCUUGGGUUUGGUUAUGUUCAGUAUUAUUUUGGGUACCACCAUUGGUCGUAUGCGUGAGAAGGGUCAAUUGUUGCAAGAUUUCUUCUCAACAUUGAGUGAAGCCAUGAUGAUCAUUACAUCCUGGGUUAUUUGGAUUUCUCCCUUGGGUGUGGCCUUUUUGAUUGCUGCCAAAAUUAUUGAGAUGGAAUCGAUUGCAUCAACCAUUCAAUCUUUGGGUUGGUACUUCUUGACGGUAAUGUUGGGUCUGAUAUUGCAUGGUUUUGGUACCAUUGCUGUUAUCUUCUUUUUGGGUACCCGCACCUUACCAUUCCGUUAUGUGGCCAAACUCAGUCAAGUACUUGCCACUGCCUUUGGUACCGGUUCCAGUUCAGCCACCAUGCCUUUGACCAUUAAAUGUCUAGAUGGUAUGGGUAUUGAUCCACGUGUAACACGUUUUGUUAUUCCCGUGGGUGCUACCAUCAACAUGGACGGUACUGCAUUGUAUGAAGCUGUGGCCGCUCUGUUCAUUGCCCAAUUCAGAAAGGUGGACUAUACAUUUGGCAAUAUUGUGGCUGUGAGUAUUACAGCCACAGCUGCCUCCAUUGGUGCUGCUGGUAUACCACAAGCUGGUCUUGUUACCAUGGUUAUGGUAUUGGAUACGGUAGGUCUGCCAGCUAAGGAUGUAUCACUGAUCAUUGCCGUCGAUUGGUUGCUUGAUCGUUUCCGUACCACCAUUAAUGUUAUGUGCGAUGCCUUGGGCACAAUUUUAGUUAACCACUUAUCCAAGAAGGAUCUGGCAAGUGUGGAUAGGCUAAAUGCCGAACCCCAUGAACUGUUAGAAUUGGGCGCCAAUGGCCAUGAAAAGGAAUAGAUGCUUAUCGUAUAGUAGCCAAGUUUAGUAAGGACAUCAUAGCCCCCAUCUAAUUGUAAUCUAAACUUAAGAGCGACGUGCUAGCAUUAAUUUUUUUGUACAGACAGAUGAUGUGUUCGCUCCAUUCCAAAAACAAAAA